UAUAGAUACAAUGUCAAUGUAUAGAGUUAAGCUAAUGUAGCCGUGUAGUAAUUAAAGAACACCGUCGACAGCAUGUUCUUCCACACCAUCCAAAAUCCCCCAAAUCCCGCUUACGUACUAGUGUACCCCGCAUAACCUGGAUAGCACCUGAAAUGGAGCCUAUCAUAUACCCAAUUAGGGAAUCGAAUUGACCCCUCCACCGGCGGUUUGGCUUGGGAUCAUGGUCCGCAUGGGUGAAGCUUAUCCCCUCAAAUCCGAAUUAGGUGUAACCCGCAACCCCCCAAGCCUGCGUCAUUGCCUCGGGUCGUACCACGAUAAGUAAGUUUCGCGAUGGGAGAAGGUUUCCCUGACAUCUGAUUCCAGUAAGCGAAUUUAAAUUAAAUAAACUCGUCACUAAAAAGUAAAAGCACGUUUUUUAUGUUCAGUUCUUGACCAGUUUUUCUUCCCACCCCUCUUGCUUUUUUAUUCUAAGCGUAACCUGGUUUUUCAACCAUCCACCCAUCCUAUUUACUUCUUACAUCUCGAUACGACUUCCAAUACCCUUAUCUCGUCGCAUUGCCUAUCUCUAACCCGGAUAGCAAGCCACUUUAAUCUAUUUUAUCAAGAUCUUAUAUAUCAACCCCUCGUCAUCUCGUUAGCUACCUUCUACUAAGCUACCUAGGUGGUUUUAGUUCAACCACACUGUGUGCUUAGCCGAGACAUAUCCAACGCCAUGGCGGCCCCUACGACUAAGACAAUUGGAGACCUGAACGGCAGGUGGGUUCUGAACAAAACCCUCUCCGACAACGUCGAGCCCGCCCUCGCCAUCCAAGGCAUAAGCUGGCUCGUGCGCAAAGCCAUUAGCAACACCACCGUAACCCUACACGUAAAACAAUACAAAGGCGCCCCCACACCACCCAGCACCUCGUCCGAGCUAGUAAGCCGCGUCGACAUCGAGCAAGUCGCGACCGCGGGCGUAAAGGGUACGACCGAGAACCGAUGUCUCGACUUUGAAGCGCGCGAGCAUAGUGAUUGGCUCUUUGGGCGGGUCGCGGGUCGAAGUAAAUUUAUCUCUAUUGACGAACUACGCGCUUUAGUUGGUGAGGAGGGAGAAGCGCGCAAGGAGCGUUGGGUGGAAGAUGAUUUCGUGGCGAAGGGUUGGUUGGAGGGUGAUGCGGAGAAGGGAGGGCCGAAUGGGGAGACGCAUAUCGUGAAUCAUGCACAAAGUUUGGAUAACGGGUGGACGGCGCUGCAGGUUUGGGGGUUCCAGGAGGUUGGUGGAGAGAGACGGUAUACGAGGAAUGUGGUGGUGGCUAAGGAGGGCAAGUUUUAUGCGUUUAAGAUGGUUUAUGAUUGGGUUCCGGAGUAAUGGUGUGGAUGAAGGGGGUUUGAGGAUAUGAACUUGGAGGGUGGGACUUUUCCUUGCGAUAUCCGUCGAACUGUGGUUUAGAUCCGACCAGCGAUGAUUAGGAUAGAGGAGGAACGUCAAGACAUCUACGUUCUGAUAUAGAUCUUUCUAUUAGCACGUCAAUCUACAAUAUGAUAUUUA